UGCACCCUUGUGCAUGCUACCAAACACCCCCGAAGUGUUUCCCCUCUCGUCUCAAUCCCCGUAAGCAGAGCGCCACAGCCACCGCGCCAUGGAGGACGGGCCUUCGGAUUUCAGCGACUGGGAGGUGCUCUCUGCAGCCUCGGGGGUCGGACGCGAUGACCCCGUCCUUGUGUGCGGGGAAGGCGGCGACGUCCUCCACGACCACUUCGCCCUCGACUCCUCUUCCUCCACCGGCUUCUCCGGCGAGGAUUCGUGGUCGGAGGCUGCCUCCGACGACGUGGAAAUUGAAUCCGGUUUAGAAUCAGUGGACAGAUUUUGUUCUGCUAUGCAAGAGCAGUCGGAUCUUAUUGGGUUGGUGGAUUCCAGCGCACAGUUGCAAUUAGGCGGGAUUGAUGUGACUGCACAAGCCUCGCCGGUCCUUAUAGCCUCCGUGGCAUGUGGUGGGGGCGCACAGGAGAAGCAAACUGAGGGGCUAAGUUGCGGCGAGUUUGAUUCGAUUCCGCAAGCCGCGCUUCAAGGGUCGGAGGGAAUUUUGGACUCCCAUGCAGCUGCGGUCGCCGGUUUAAGACUCCAGAUAAAACUAUCAGAGAAUUCUAGUUUGCAGUUGGAAGAUGGAGGGGCUGAUGCCAUUAGCGAAAGCUCUGUUCUUCAAGCUGCUGCAACAAGCGAUGCAAUGCAGACUCUGCAGGAAGAGCCGGAUCAAGGGAAGGAUGCUAGUGCCGGUUGCGCUGAACCUGUUGGCGAUGACAAGGAUGGUUCUCCCCCUCUAGUUGCAGCUGCAGCUCCGGUCACUGAUGAUGGAGAGAGGAAAGUGGUUGUAUGGUGGAGGCUAACGUUCAGGUUCAUCCAUUACUGUGCUUGGAAAGUGAGUCCGGUUUGGCCGAUCUCCAUUGCUGCAGCAUUGCUGGGGAUAGUUGUGCUCGGGAGGAGGAUGUAUAGGAUGAAGCGCAAGACCCAGGGCCUUCCCCAGAUUAAGAUCGCAUUUGAUGAUAAGAGGGCCUCCCAGUUUGAAGACCGCGCAGCACGUCUCAACGAGGCCUUCUUGAUCGUGAAACGUGUACCAGCUCUAAGAAGUUUGUCUGGUGCUGCACUCCCUUGGUCAAUGAUGCAAGAGAGAUAGUCAGCCUUCUUGAAGCGCCAUAAGAAGAUCUCCCAGUUGGAUUAGCCAACAGGAAUGCAUGAUAAAAUAAAAUUCUAGAUUGGUCAUAUCUUGGUACUGUUUUCUUGGUGAAGCAUCGAGGAUGUUGAUGUCGAUGCCUAAUCAGAUAUAUAUACUGUUAGCCUAGUGCACUACAACACUUUUCGUCUUAUGUGUAAAAAAAGGUUUCUCUUAUUUUUUCAUUUUUUUUCAUUCGUGUUUAGUACUAGGUUUUAUAAGUCUGUAUGUGAGUCCUGAAUGUGUUAUUACUCCGGACAUAUGUUUUAGAGUUAAAUGCAGUGGAGGUCCUAAAAGUUU